UGAAGCUGGUGGUUGGGGAGCAGUUGAAUGCGCUGCGCGUCGCCACCAAUGGCGCACUUUGACUUGCUGCUAGCCCGGCUCCAGAGUAGUGAAGUCCUCCGGCGCGACCGUACCAUGGAUGGGACGUCGGGUCAUCUCCGUCUCCGGCCUAGGCCUGUAGGCAGAGAAGUAGCCUCGGCGCCGGGGUGGCUCACGCCUGGGAGGCGGAGUAAUUGCCACCUUCAAAGUGCGACGCGGUGGUUGGAGGCGCGGACCGAAUUUGAAAAUCGGCGGCGAAGCGGUCGCGACCACAUCCUUGAAGGAGCGCACGGAGGGUGGCAAGCGGGAUCCUGGCGGAUCCGGUGUGGCGGAGACAUGGGAGACGCCUCCCGGAUAGACCCAAGCUGCGGAUCUGGGUGGCGGUGGCGGGGGGAUUCACACCACAAGGCGCUUUGGAGCAGCCUGGACGACGGCGGGGAUGCAGAGGGCAGCGGCCCGGAUGGCCCCGCGGACGGCGCGGCGACUUGGGGUCGACGAAGCAGCGAGGGCGGCGGGCGUAGGGCCAGCGGCGCCGGCGGCGGGGAACUGGGCGACGAGCGUCGCAUGCUUACCUUUCAACUCCUGAAGUUGGUGAAAAGGAUCCCAGAGACGUUCACUUCAUCGUCAAAUUACUUUAACUCAUUUACCUACCCAUUACUUGAAGAAACACAUGUUGAUGUCUUUUCAUCGUUGGAUGGUUAUUCUCACCAAAACUUCAUAUCAGUAGCCCGAAUGAAGGAACUGCUGCAUGACGAUGAGACCACGUUCUUCUGUUUUGAGGUUGCAAAUCCAGCAAAGGAUGAGAAAUCCAAGGAAACAUAUGCGCCAUGUGAGGGUGAUAUAAUAGUCCUUACCUCCCGAAAGCCCAAGCAAGUGUCUGAUUUGACACGAAAUAUGACUUCGUACAUCCUAGGUUCAAUUGUCAAAGGUGGUGAAGACGAUGAUGAUCUCCCAGACAAUUGCUUCAUUGCUAGAUUGUCAUCAGUGCUUCCAGUGGAAACUGAUUCUUCAACAAAUGAACCAAAGGAGCCAUUGUUCGCGGUAAUCCUCAUAAAUAUGAAGACAUACGAUCGGAUUUGGGAUUGUCUUCACAAGGGAAACAGCCAUAUUGUUGAUACAGUCUGGCGGUACAAGUCAAAGGAAGUGGAUGAGGCUAUGUCAUCAAGCUCCCAAUUAUCUCAACGGUUCGCUGCUAGAUCAGCCGUUGAUCUUAAUCUUGAGAAGUACAUGCUCAACAAUUCACAACUGAAUGCUGUUGCAGAUUGUGUUCUGGUCUCAGAAAAAAUCUCUUCUCCUAUUAAACUAAUAUGGGGACCUCCUAGGACGGGUAAAACCAAAACCAUCAGUGCUUUACUCUGGGUAAUGUUGCAUUCAGGACACCGGACACUUACUUGUGCCCCUACUAAUACUGCUGUCCUAGAGGUUGCAUCUCGAAUUGUCAAGCUCGUUCAUGAGUCUCCUGCUAGCAGUGGCCAAUAUCUAAGCGACAUCGUUUUGUUUGGAAACAAGAAGAGGAUGAAGAUAGGUGAAGAUCAUGAUCUCUCUGUGGUUUUUCUCAGCUCUCGCACCGAGCGGCUGUCACAAUGUUUUGAGAGUAUGAAAGGAUGGAAUCAUUGCUUGUGUUCACUAAUAGAUUUUCUUGAGAUACCUGUGACAAAAAAAAUACAAGUGGUACACUGUUCAGAUGAAAAUGAAAGGACCAAAUUCAGUAGUUCUACCACUCAAGGAAUUUGUCAAGGACAAAUAACCAUUGAAUAUUCUCCAUAUAUUCUCCAUGCAUUGAUAAAUGUUAAUGAUAAUAAUGAUGACAAUUUAUGGUUCGAUGAUCUCUUGAAUGGAAAAGGGCAUGGGGACAGUGAUCCACUCAAGUGGCCAGAUCUGCUAGCCUCAGUGCACACGGAUGUGUGCAACAAAUCAAAGAUCAGAAAGGCAAGAUUACUCUGUGUUCGAAUAUUAAGAUAUCUGAAGAUCAACUUGAAGCUUCCUGAUUGGGAUCGCUUGAGCCUUUCUGAUGAUGACCGCAAGAGAGAAAUUCGAGUCUACCUGUUGCAAAGAACAAAAUGCAUUCUCUGCACUGUUUCUAGUUCUUAUGUGUUGCACAAUGUGUCCAUGGAUGACAGGUCUGAGUGCUUGAAACCUCUGGAACUGUUGGUUGUAGAUGAAGCUGCACAGUUAAAAGAGUGUGAGACCUUAAUUCCCAUGCAGUUGCCUGGCAUAAAGCAAGCUGUUUUUAUCGGAGACGAAUGCCAGCUACCUGCUCUGGUUAAAAGCAAAAUUUCUGAUAAUGCUGAUUUCGGAAGAAGUGUUUUUGAGAGGUUAAGUUCCUUGGGCUACAACAAGCACCUCCUGAACAUUCAGUACAGGAUGCGACCAGAGAUAAGCAAGUUUCCAGUUGCCAGUUUUUAUGAUGGCAAGAUCUCAGAUGGUCCAAAUGUUGUCAGCAAGAACUACAAGAGGAACAUUUUGCCAGGCAAAAUGUUUGGACCUUACUCGUUUAUAAAUGUAGAUGGUGGCCAUGAAACAACUGAAAAACAUGGCCGGAGCCUUAAAAAUACCAUAGAAGUUGCUGCUGUGCUGUGGAUCGUGCGGAGACUAUUUGAAGAAUCGGUUUUUUUGGGAAGCAAGCUCACUGUUGGUGUAGUGUCACCGUACAAUGCUCAAGUUAGAGCUAUCCAAGAGAAAAUUGGUAAGACUUACGAUAUGUAUGAUGAUUUCUCUGUGAAGGUAAAAUCGGUGGAUGGUUUCCAAGGUGCGGAGGAGGAUGUCAUCAUCAUAUCUACUGUCAGAAGUAAUAGAGCUGGUUCAGUUGGGUUUCUCACAAACCUGCAGCGGACAAAUAUGGCUCUGACAAGGGCUAAGCACUGUUUGUGGAUAGUAGGAAAUGGGACGACUUUGUCCAACAGUAGAUCUGUUUGGCAGAAAGUGGUGAAUGAUGCAAAGCAUCGAGGUUGCUUUUUCGAGGCAAGCGAGUAUAAACAUUUAUCCAAUGCAAUUGUCAAUGCUGUUAUUGAGCUCGAUGAUGCUGAGAAUUUAGUAAAAAUGGACUCGCUCCAGAUCACCAAUCCCAGGUUUCAGAGAGCCGGGUCGAGGUACCGUGCAUGAGUGGUCUAGGCCACCCAGUUUUAGUUUUUUUGCCGGGUCGGCCGAAACACCCAGUUUUAGUUCCAUCUUGUAAUGCCUCGAAUGUGUGGGAUAGCGUACUACGCGUCAUGCUUUUGCCACCUGGACUUGCUAAGGGAAGUUUCCAUCGAUGACGCGGCAGAUAUUGUCGGACGCGCUUCAUUUUGUUGAACCUGAGCUCGUCGUAUGCCAGCUGCACAAGCUCUCUUAUUUAAUCGAUUUGCCUGUCUUAAUCUACAGAAGUCAUUUUAAUACAGUGGUGCUCUAUGGACUAUGGGCAAUCCAUGUUGCAAUGUGGUCGUUAUUCAUUACA